AUGCCUUGCAUGUGUUACAGCAAAGGCCGAGAUUGUUACUAUCAGCCCAGUCGCCGGGGUGGAGCUCGAAGAGGCGCUCGAUAUACCGAAUCAUUGCAUCGUCGUGAUACAUCUGAUAAUAGCUCGCCGAAAAAGCCAACCCCUGCUCCCGCCUCGCUGUCAGAUGCUACAGAAAGUAUAGAUCCCUUCUUAGAGAAUACGAUUGGACUGUUGACUCCCUUUUUGGGAUUCAAUAACCUCGAUCAAUCAUCGGAUAUACUACCUGAUGCUGGCGAAGCUGUUCAAUUGUGGGGACAGCUAACUCCAGCUGAAGAUGGCUCUUUUGUCCCCGGAUCCAUCAUUGACACAGAUCUACCUGCUAUUCGGGUAUAUACAUCUGAGCAAGACAUUCUUAAUGCUUAUUACAUCUACAUGCACCCUUAUUUCCCAUUACUACCACCUUCUCCAGUGCCAAUAUACGAAGAUCGUUCCACUCAUUUCCAACGGUCAAUCGAAAAUAUGGAACCCAACAGGGCCGAUUUACCCUAUUGGCCAAUUUCCUCACUGGGUCUAGCCCUCUCUGCCAUCCUCGUGCUCAUACCACCCAUGCAUCAAUCAUCUAGAAAUGAGGCAUCAAUUCUUGCGAGGCGUUCAUAUGCCCAGUUCUUUGCGCAAGCAGCUAUUUCUAGCUCGGAGAAAGAGCUUGAUGAUAUCGGUCCCGCAUCAAACAUUGGUACGAUGGAUGCUAAUAUCUCUCAAGAACGAAGUUCAUUUCACUCGCAUGUGCCUCAGCAGCUGGAUCCCAUUUUAGCGCUUGUUGUACUUGCUAUUUAUGAACAUUCUCAACGGGGGAAUAUUUCUCGGAUGCGUGCUCGUGUUAAUAAUGCUGUGACUACAGCAAUGGAUAUCUCGCUGCAUAACCUUGGCUCAACGGAGACGGAGUUCUCAGAUGCCCAGCGACGUGCUUGGUGGAUGACUGUACGCACUCUCCACAUAUACAUCUCUCUUUGA